AUGAAUGACCUGCCGCCCGAGGCAAGCAGGCCAGGGCAUCAGGCUAUCCAGAGGGGGACAGCAUCGGCGCCUGCCUCUUUCGAUGGCUUGAGCCAGCGCUAUCGUCAGCAAGCCGGCCUCGAGGCUGCUCCUCCCCUCUCUCGCGACUCUUCAGGCUCCGGCGCAAGUCUACCCAACGGAGUUGUCAUCUCAGCACCCUCGCCUCGCUUCAUACAACACCACCAUUCGUUCUCCUCUCAACCUCAGCGUACAUCCCCUCACCUGCUGGCUGCACACCACAGGACGCACAGCUUCCAAGACUCGACCUCGAGCAACGGAUCACCGUAUAGUGUCUCGCCGUUGAGCGGCAACUCCGUCACCCAUGGAGCCUAUGGACCGAGCGGCAGUGGCAUCUGGGCCAAUCUAGCGCCCGGCAGCGCACACCAUCUUCGCCAUUCUUCGAGCAAUGGAUCACUCAACCAGCCUUUCUACGGCGAACCGACCAGCAGAGGCCAUUCACCCAAUCGCAGCCUAUCGCCAAAUCCGAGAGGACUGCACAGCAGACAUGGAAGCUCGGACAGCCUCUUGUCGGCCUACGGCGGCUCACAUAGUCUGUCGAAGCUGAGUCCAAGCGUCGGCCUGGGACUGCACCGACGCGGCCAUGCUUCUGCAGAUAUAUUAGGCGAGCCAGACUACUUCCAGCUGAGUCGCAGUCCCAGCACAAGUCCACUCGAAGGACCUUCAGCUUCGCCACGCGAUCGCUCAAAGGAGACGCGGCGCGAAUCUAGGACUCGCAAGCGGUUCGUCUGGGCAUUUGGCUUGCUGUUCGGCAGCGUGGCCAUCUACCUGCUGCGCUGGCAUCUCAACAAGCCGCCCCCGCCACCAAUCACCUUGCGCGAACCUGAUCAACAGGUGCGGUAUAAUGACGAAAAGGGAAUCGCUUACAUCUCGCCCGACCAAGCCAAACAUCCGAUCUUGGAUCUUAUGAGACAUGCACAUAUAGAAUGGUCAAACAAGCUCGGCCGUCAAUCGAGGACGCUCAAGGAUGCUGUUCACGAAUAUAAGCGAAGAUAUAGAUGCGCGCCGCCGAGAGGCUUCGACAAGUGGUUCCGCUUUGCGCAAGAGAACGGCGUCAUUCUGACUGACGAAUAUGACCAGAUCUGGCGAGAUAUCGAGCCCUUUCGCGGAAUACCUUCGCAGAUCUACAAGGAUCGGAUGAUGGAUGUAAUGGAAAGGCCCAGAACCUUCACAUUCGUGUUCGACGGCGCAAGUCCAGUCGACUACAGCAUCAUUGGCGAUUCGGUCAGCGAAGGAGACGAUUUGGCUCUGCUCAUCGACCAAAUAUCGGCAUUGAUUCCCGGUUCCAUGACCAUGACAGUCAUCGCGGACGACAAGUCAAGCCACCAGAGCACUUGGGAGUAUCUUGACAAGCUGCGUCUGCUCGGCGCGGGCGCUUUCAAGGAGCAUCGCUUCAAUCAGCCUGACCGACCUAUUGAUGAUCACGAGCUGCUCAUGUCCGACACUGCCAAAGCAUGUCCGCCUGAGUCUGCCGCGCGUCUCGACGAGCUACGCGACGGUACCGUACCCGAUGCGCCGGAGCCGACCUCAUGGCAGCCUGCCUCGUUAGAAGGCUUUAUCUAUGAUCACUCGAAAGCCAUGGACCCGUGUCUGAAUCCGGAGAUGCGAUGGAUACACUCUUCAGCAACAGUCAAUGGCCACUUGCACCCCUACCUCAUGCCCUUCAUGACCUGGUCCAAAUCACACUUGCAAUCCGACAUACUCAUCACGCCCACCCAGCAGCACACAGACGAGGACGAAGACUGGGAGAUAGAUCCCGAAUGGGAUGACAAGCCGCUUUCGGCUGCCAUCUGGCGAGGGUCAUCGACGGGAUCAGAGUUCGUCAAGGGCAACGAAGUCCGCUGGAGGCUUUCGCAGAGAUGGCGGCUGCAUAAGCUAGCCAAAGCGACACCGGGCGAUCGCGAGAUCAUGUGGACUGUCGGUGAUGGCCGUCUACGAAAAGUCACAAAGCCCUAUGCUGAGCUCAAUGCGGCUUAUCUCAACGCGAGUCUGGCAGGCCGCCCCUUGCAAUGUGAUCAGGACACAUGCUUGGACAUGGCCCUUGACGUACCGUUUUCGCCGUUUGUCAGUCUAGCACAGUCUUACAAACACAAGUAUCUACUUGACGUAGAUGGCAAUGCCUUUUCGGGUCGAUUCAGGAGGUUCAUGUUCACGAACUCGGCCGUUCUCAAAGCAACGGGAUAUCCAGAGUGGAUGACGGAGCGCAUACAGCCUUGGGUGCACUACAUUCCGGUCCAAUUGGACUAUAGCGACAUCUAUGAUAUCAUGGCAUUCUUCACGGGGGUCGAUGGCAAAGGCGCACACGACGAUCUUGGCAGAGAGAUUGGACAGGCGGGCAAGGAGUGGGCGAGAGAUCACUGGCGACGACGUGAUAUGGCUGCGUACAUGCUCCGCGUGCUGCUGGAGCUCUGUCGACUGCAGAACAGAGACGAAAAAGACAGCUGGGACUUUGUCCUGCCCGAAGACACCCAAUCUGACGAGCUGUGA